AUGUAUAACGUACCGGCGAUGUUGUCAAGCGACUGGGUAAAUCGUGAAGAGUGGUCCGAUGACGACGAAAAUCCAUUUCGUGGUGAUUAUCGAUUCGUCUAUUUUGGAGUGAAGGAUUCUUGGACGAAAUUCCACUCGGAUGUGAUGUCAUCGCAUAGUUGGUCAGCAAAUAUUUGCGGGCGUAAAUUAUGGUAUUUUGUUCCUCCUGGCAAUGAGAACGUCUUCAUGAAGGGCAAAGAAAUUGCUGAAGAUAUCAGAGAGUAUCAGGAUCUGUGGGAAAAGGCGGACGUGAUGGUUCUGAUUCAGAAUCCUGGUGAAAUCGUUUUCGUACCAACGAACUGGUACCACCAAGUUCACAACCUUGAAGAUGCUAUAUCAAUCAAUCAUAAUUCGCUCAAUGCGUCAAAUAUCAACCUAGUGUACGAGUUUCUCUGUCGUCACCUCAAGCUGGUAAAGGACGAAAUAGGUCAUUUGUCGAAUUUGUUCUCGAAGCGAGAGAUGUUUGAACAAGAGCAGUUCGUGCUUGGUGCCGAUGCUCGACUAAACAUGCCGCGGCUGCGUCGACUGCUUGAGAUGGUCAUUUCUGAUCGUAGUCGAAGCUCGCUGGCCAUCUGCUAUGUUUGUCCCCGUCACAGCACUCCGAUGGAAUGCGCUAAGGAUUCUGAAUGUAUGAACAGAUUCGGCUCACAAUGCAACUGCACCAGUGGAAAAUGUGAAACUUGUGACUCGUUUAUGCGCUCGUUCGAGCUUUCCACAGCGAUAUCCUUACUUGAGGUAGUCGCUCUUGAUGGAUUCUGA